AUGGAAGCCUUCUAUACGGAAGAAAGUUUCAGAGAAGCUGUGAAACAAGUACAGCAAUUUGGCCAUUUGCCAGCAACGGGUUUCAUCGACGACGCUACCAAAAAAUUAUUGACAGCGCCACGCUGCGGAGUUCCUGAUAUACUUCGACAGUCUCCUAGAAACAAUAGCAUUAGAGCCAAUCCAUAUGUAAUUGGUUCACAGGGGUGGAAGAAAAGGACUAUAACAUAUAAAAUCCACAACUGGCCUCCCCAGCUAGGGUAUAACCAAGUUGCUCAAGUCCUGAAAACAGCUUUUAACACCUGGAGUGAACCUGCUUCCCCUUUACGGUUUGAAGAAGUCAGAAAUGGAGAAGCUGAUAUUGAAAUAACAUUCGCUUCUGCUGACCAUGGAGACGGGUAUCCGUUUGAUGGACAAGGUCGUGUUUUAGCUCACGCGUUUUUUCCCUAUGAUUUCGAUUCCUUGGGUGGGGAUAUUCAUUUUGAUACAGAUGAAUAUUGGAUAGAUGGAUCUAGAGGAAAACAAAACUAUGGUAUAGACUUAUUCAGCGCAGCUGUACAUGAGAUUGGACAUAGUCUCGGACUUGGUCAUUCGGCGGUUGAAAAGUCAGUGAUGUUCCCUUACUACCAACGUCACAAGCCAGGCUUCAGCUUGUAUUAUGACGAUUUGCUGGCCAUGUAUGAACUGUACAUUGUGAGGGGCAGUUUCGAAGAUGAUCAAUAUGAUAAGACCAGUAACGGCGGAAGUACCACAGAUACUCCCGUGCUCCCCCCUAAGAAAGACGACUCAGGAAAUAUUUGUAAUGGCUAUUUUGAUGCAGUAGGUCUCUUGAAAGAUGACAUCGUUAUUUUCAAAGGCUUGUUAGUCUGGAGGUUCAAAGAUCGUGGUAUACUGAGGAAAGGUUAUCCAACAUACUUCAACAGCGUAUUCCAAGGACUGCCCUCAUCGAUCAAGCGUGUCGACGCUGUGUACCAACGUACUUCAGACUUACAUACUCUGCUGUUUUCAGGUAUUUUAAAAUAUUGA